AUGGCCAAGGGCACAGUAAAACGUAAGGCGACACCGUCGUCCCUGCGCAAAAAGAAGGCGCAGCAGCGCAUUCGCAAGCAGAUACGCACCAAGCUGCAGAAGAAGAAGCCGAGCUGGAAGACAGCGCUUGCGAAGGUGUACACGGGCGGGGACACCACGCUGAAGGACAAGAAAAAGGAUAGCCGCAAGCGCGCCCGUAGCGGUGAGGAUGACUGGGAUGACGAGGAGAACACUUUCAAUUUCAAGCGCGACGACGUGGACGAGGACGGCGAGGUGCAAAGCGAUGUCGACGAAGAGAAGGAGGAGCGGCUGAAUCAGCGCGACCCGCUCGAGACGCAGUUAUUUCUCAAGAACCUGCCACUCGAUACAAGUGAGGAGGAGCUGAUGACGUACUUCAAAACCCACUUCAGCGCCGUCAAGCGUGUGCUGCUGGUGCGCAACCGUGCGAGCAAGACGCUCUCCGGUACCGGCUUCGUGCACUGCGGCUCUGCGGAGCUGGCGGGCAAGAUCUUCGACUACGCCCAGCAGAACGCGCGUGAGUUGUCGGCGGUAGGACGCGAGGACAUGAAGGCGCAGACCGGGAGCCUCUCUCAUCACCAAGCAAAGCGGCUCAUGCAUAAGAUGCGCACCCAUUCCUUUGUUGCACGCGACCCGUUUCUCACGAUACGCGACACCAAGUUCACGGUGCUGCGCGUGCUAUCGAGAUCGGACACUCAGGAGGCCGUGAGUGCACAGCAGAAGAAGAAGCGCACAAAGGUGGCAGCAGACGAUCCGCGCAACUUGUACCUCUUGCAGGAGGGUCUGGUGUUGCCAGGCUCCGCCGCAGCGAAGGGCCUGCACCCGCGCUACCUGCAGAUGAUCGAGGACGACUAUGCCGCGCGUAAGCAGCAGCUGACUAACAGCAACUACUUUGUUAGCAAGACGCGUCUUAGUGUGCGCAAUCUGCCGCGCACCAUGUCAGAGAAUGACAUGCGCCGCCUCUUUGCUGAGCAGGCGCGAGCAUACCUGAAGAAGCACCCCGAGGACACAGAAAAGGACAAAUGGGGGAAGUACGGCCCCAUCCGCAAUGUGAAGCUGCUCAAGGACACGGCUGGCGUGUCGCGCGGGUACGGCUUCAUUGAGUUUGUGAACCACAACGUAGCCAUCAACACACUCCGCAUGCUGAACAACAACCCGACGGUAUUCGGCGAUCAGCGGCGACUUAUGGUCUCCUUCGCUAUCGAGAACAUGAGCGCAGUGCAGAAGCUCCAGCACAUGAAGGAGCUGAAGCGCGCACGCUUGGCUCGCGGGUCGAGCGACGGCCGCGCGUCGACCGUGUCGUCUAAGGCAAAGAAAAGCCUAUAG